AUGGUCACAGGGCUGCUGGGCGGCGGCGGCGGGGCCCGCAGGGGAACCGUGCCGGGCGCCUGGCUGUGCCUGAUGGCGCUGCUGCAGCUGCUGGGCUCGGCGCCGCGGGGCUCGGGGCUGGCGCACGGCCGCCGCCUCAUCUGCUGGCAGGCGCUGCUGCAGUGCCAGGGGGAGCCGGAGUGCAGCUACGCCUACAACCAGUACGCCGAGGCGUGCGCGCCGGUGCUGGCGCAGCGCGGCGGGAGCGACGUGCCGGGGGCCGCCGCCGCAGCUGCAGCCUUCCCGGCCUCGGCCGCCUCCUUCUCUUCGCGCUGGCGCUGCCCGAGCCACUGCAUCUCGGCCCUCAUUCAGCUCAACCACACGCGUCGCGGGCCCGCCUUGGAGGACUGUGACUGUGCGCAGGACGAGAACUGCAAGUCCACCAAGCGCGCCAUUGAGCCGUGCCUGCCCCGGACGAGCGGCGGCGGCGCAGGCGGCCCCGGCGCGGGCGCGGGCGGGGUUUUGGGCUGCACUGAGGCCCGGAGGCGCUGUGACCGCGACAGCCGCUGCAACCUGGCGCUCAGCCGCUACCUGACCUACUGCGGCAAGCUCUUCAACGGGCUGCGCUGCACCGACGAGUGCCGCACGGUCAUCGAGGACAUGCUGGCCAUGCCCAAGGCGGCACUGCUCAACGACUGCGUGUGCGACGGCCUGGAGCGGCCCAUCUGCGAGUCGGUAAAGGAAAACAUGGCCCGCCUAUGCUUCGGCGCCGAGCUGGGCAAUGGCCCGGGCAGCAGCGGCUCGGACGGGGGCCUGGACGACUACUACGACGAGGAGUACGACGACGAGCAGCGCACCGGGGGCACGGGCGGCGAGCAGCCGCUGGACGACGAUGACGGGGUCCCGCACCCGCCGCGCCCGGGCGGCGGCGCUGCUGCGGCAGGCGGCCGCGGGGACUUGCCCUACGGGCCCGGGCGCAGGAGCAGCGGCGGCGGCUGCCGCUCGGCACCCCGAAGCGCCUGGACCCUGUUCGCCUCCAUCUUGCUGCUCCCGCUGCUCUUUUAGCCUUCGCGCCCCCCGCCGUCGGCCACGGUCGGGUCGGCGACGGGGCACCUGUGGCUCGGGGACAGAGGGGUGGUCGGGGAUUUUUUUCCAAAACGUUUUCUAAAGGUGGCUUCUGCCUAGCUGAUCUCCCGCCCUCGACUUGUCGCACGAUUCUUGCCUCCUCUCCGGAGCAGGAGUUUUUGGACAUCCUUCCCUGCCCCCAUUCCAGGCUCCAGAAACUCCCCGCAGAAGCCGGCCUAGCUCCAGACCCCUGGGAUGAAACGGGCCUGGCAGGGGGACAGAACCGUAGUCCUGGACUCCGAAGAGAGGAUGAUGACCAGUGGGGCCUUAAGAGUUUCAAGGGACUGGGUUUAGAGCGGGAGUUUUGAAGAAGGAUUUAUAUUUGCAUAGGGACUGUUUAUUAGUAUUUUUUCUGGGGGGGGGGGUGCCGGUAUCGACUUUUAUUGUGGCCAGUGAGGACAUUGCAAUCGUAAUUGAUUCUCGUUUACUCUUGGUUUCCGCGCCCAGAAUUGGUUUUGUAAGGGAGGUGGGGGGGGGGGGGGGGGGGGGGGGGUGGCGGGCAUGAGAAGGGUUAAUUUUCCUGAGUUUGGAUAGUUUUGAGCCCUUGACUUUAAUUUCAUUGCCACCACUCAAAUCUCUUAGCACAUUGCUUAGGAUUAAGGAUCCAAAAAUGCUAUCUAGAGAGUUGCUAGUGGUGUUGAACAAUGCAAGUUUUUAUUUAAAAGAGCUCUGCACUGCCAUUUAUGAAAGCCUCUUUAUGAUGUUUGUUUUGUUGUCAUUUUUGUUCUUUACACCAAGAAAUUGUAUGUACAAAUAUGCAGAGAACAUAUAUUGCCUCUGCUUUUAUCAGGGCGCUCACCCCUGGUACUUCGUAUAUAAAAUGUAUUAAAACUGGGAUUUGUUACCAGUUGCUGUAUUUUGUAUAUAGAAUUUUUAUAAAUUGUAUGCUUCAGAAAUAAUUUAUUUUUUAAAAAGAAAUUAAAAAUUUUAAAUCCACAUCCAUGGUACACCUUUCUUGCCUGAAAUGUAAAGAAUCCAUUUGUCACCAGGGAUCCAGAACCACCAUCAAUUGUGAAGUUUGCUCUAUCUAGAACAGUUUAAAAAUGUACAGUGUAUUUUAUAGAUUUGAAGUUAACAUUCUUAUUUUCAAGAGAAUUUAUGAACAUUGUAGAAAUGUAUAAAUGCAUUUCCAAACUGCCUUAAACAUUGUAUUUUUAUAGACUUAAAAAAAAAAAUCCUAUGUUUUAAGUAA